AUGAAGCAAGAUACAGUGCUGUCAAACUUUCUCAACACUGACUCUGAUUGGUUGGGUGCUCAUCAUAACACUGGUGCCGGUGGCAACAACAACAGUCAAUACUUCCUUAGGUCAUCGUUCUCCAAUGGUGUAUCUUCACAGUUUGGUUCUAUACUUCAAACCAUGCCAUCUGAUCUGUUGAACAUCAACCGACAGAGCAUGCUAGAGUCCAACCCUUUCCCAAACGUCAGCAUUGGAAAUCUAGCGACCAAUAUCACACCUGAACAUAUGUCUAUGUUUCAAUCGCACGAACAACAUCACCACCAACAACAGCAACAACAACAUCCACUACACAAUCAGUCACCAAUGAACACAUCGGGUGAUGACGAAGAAUUAGUCUCUACUCCACCAACACCUCCCAUCGACUCUACACCUCCACUGUCAUAUCAGACAACAUUCCGCUCAGAAUCAUCAUUGAAUGACCCGUUCUCCAAUGUACUCAAGAACGAUAUGGUGCACCCUUCUCCAAACGGGGAGCCCAACGAAUAUGAGCGCCCAACCAAGCUUGCACGAACAACAACACUACAGUUGGACCAUCUACCGGCCACCACCUCAACCACAUCGACCGAUCCCUAUCAGGAUGAGCUCAACAAGUUGGCCAAACUGGACGUACACAUCAGUUUCCUGCGCUCUCAAACCGAACGACUGGAGGAGGACAUGGAGAAGAUGAAGCAACACUCCUCCCAGAACCUGUCGAGAUCGUCAUUCUUGAACAAGUAUGCUGGUACCAACACAGAGAAGAUCUCACAAGAGUUCUACAAUAGUCUUGUCAAUCGAUACCAUGAGCGAAACAAUCGAUUCCUCAAGGCAAAGGAGAAGCAGAUCGCUGUCAUCUCGAGUCACGAGCCCGUUCUUGCCGAUGAACUUCACACCAUCUACACAACAAUGAAGAAGGAGAUCGACGAGGAGAAGGCUGAGCUGCGCAAUCUACUCACCAAGACCAUCCUGUUGCCUGCAGAUCUUCACCUGAUAAGGGGCACAAUCGAAGGACUAAAGUCACACUACCGCAUCGUGGACGUACUCUACAACGAACUUCAGUACGUCCUGAACAAGAAGAAGCCCGAGAGUUGCUGCGCCAUCAUCUUGGUACAGCAACCAGCAUCUCAGGUCAUCUUUAGAGGUGGCAAGGGCAUAUCAGAGCCAUUCAAGGUGGAGCUGGUCACAGGUGUAGUCAUGCCCGAGAGUGUAUCAGUGGUCGUUGCCAAGAUCGACAAGAACGAAACAACAAAGAAGGAGAAAGCUGCUGCAAAGGAGACAUUGGAGAAUAAUGAAUCGUCAUUGGACAACUCAAACAGGGCCACAUUCUCAAAUCUCAAGGUCAACAUCUCAACUCGAAUGAGUCCUUCAUAUCUCAAGUUUGUUGCAACAGUGAAGGACAGAGGUAGCAAGACUGGCAAGAUCAUUGAGAGUGUACAAACGAAUCCAUUGGUGGUCAUCACCAACGAGAGUCAGUGGUCAGAGGCCUCUGGCAAACUAUUGGCUGGAGAGGUAUUUGAAGACCGUGAGGAGGUACCAUGGGCCCUUUUUGCCAACAUCCUUCACAGCCAUGUGUUUACAACAACUGGACAAGUACCGGAUGAACCAAAGAGGAAGAUUCAUACUUGGGAGUGGGACUAUAUUCAACAGAAUCACUUUGCAUCGAAACCAACAUUGACCAGGUCAGAGUGCAAGGAGUUUUGGACCAAGUUUGGUCCGAUAUUGCAAACAAUCCACUUCAAGAGACACAUUUCAAACUUAUGGUUUGAUGGUCUCAUAUGUGGAUUCAUAUCAAAAAAUGAAUGCAACCAAUAUUUAUACAAUGCAGAGGAAGGAUCAUUUUUGAUUCGAUUCAGUGACAGCAUGCCAGGUUCUUUCGCAGUGGCAUACGUUACGAACGACGAGAAUGAAAGGGUGAAGCACUAUUUGGUCAGACCUGAGGAGAUUGGACCCAACAAGACUCUUCCCGACUUCCUCAGAGAGAGAUUCCAGUUCAAGACACUCUACAGACUCGAGCCAGCACUCAAGAAACUCACACCUGUUCCCAAGGACGAAGCCUUCAAAUCAUUCUAUUCCCAAGAGGAUUUCCAAACCUGGUCACAAUCCAGGUUAUGUUUCUGGACUCUAAUUUGGUGA